UUCAAAAAAUGCUCAAAUGAUUGUGUGAAACAACCUUGCACACGAAUGUAUUAAUCAAAGAGACAUUAAUUUAAUGACUUUCGGAUAAACUCAUUGUUGCACAAAGUCUGCUUGCGUACAAUUAAAACCUUAUUAUUGCAUCCGUCUAAUUAAAAACAAAUUUUUUUUGUUUGCCUAAAUAGGGCACUGAGCCUUGACAUUUUUCGUUUUUUGGUAUAAAGCUUUGUUGGUCUAAGUUUAUCGACCAUUCAACAUGAAGCUCUUCAUCCUUGCAGGAAUUCUUUUUACCGGCGUUUGCGCUGUGGAUCAGGAAUUUGUUGAAAAAUUUUUGCAAAAAAUGGAAAAAAUCGGAGAAGAAUGUGCUGAAGAAACGCACGCUACGAGUGACGACAUAGCUGAUUUAAUUGAGCAAAGAGACCCAAAAACGCACGAAGGAAAGUGUUUGAUUUUCUGCUACCAUAAAAAAUUUAACACGAUGAAGGAAGAUGGUUCACUUGAUAAAGUCGGGUCGGUUUUGGCCUUGGAAGAAGUGAGGGAUGCAGAUUUUGAAUUGUAUAAAAACAUUCUGACGAUUUUUGUAACUUGCGGGGAUAAAGCUAAAAUUUACGAUGAUCCUUGUGAAACGGCAACUGCACUUACAAUGUGUGGGCGAGACGAAGCCAAAGCUUUGGGCUUACAGGACGCUAUUUUUGGAUAAAUUCGAUGUUUGGACGGCAAUUAUACAUUUUUUUCUCUGAAUAAAAAAUUACGAGCAA